AUGUCAAAAAGUUAUCUUAUAUACUUUAUAAUAUUCUUUAUAGCUAAUACAAAUAUUAUUUUAGUUUUAGCUGAUAACGAGUGCAAAAGCCAACCUUUCUAUGAAAAUAUUAAGGAGAUUAUUCAAAAAUCUAUCCAAACAGAAACUGAAAUACAUCAUAAAGCAGAAAAAAUCUUUAAAAAUUAUGAAAAUUACAAUCCCAAAUUUUAAAAGGAGUCUGAUUUAGGAGCUUGUAAAAUCUAUGCUGGUUAAAAAUCUUGCUGCGAUCUUAAAAUGACUGAGUUAAUUGAACAAGCAGUUUUCUCGAAACUUAUGCCUAUUCAAUAAAGGAUAGAUGCUUUUGACUAAUUAGUUGUAUUGUAUGUAGAUUUAAUGAAGAAAUAUUGUUAAAAAGCAAACAUUAUGAGUGUUAUUAUACCAGACUAAAUUCUUGCUAACAAAAGAAUAAUAAAAUUUUUUUAAUUAAGAAUUUAAAAAAAGUAAUGCAAAAUAAGUUUUGUUAAAACUAUUGCUGCUCUUAAUAGAGGAAUUAUGUGUUCAAUUUGUUCUGGUUCUGAUUAAAAAAAUGAUUAUUUUUAUAAUAAUAAGCUAAAAAUUUCACCUUAAUCUGCAGAGGCUUUUUAAAAAGAGGCAAUAAAUUCUAUCUAAUGUAUGUAAGACGUAUUAAGUAAAGAAAAUAUAAAUAUCAUAUUAUAGGAGCUUAGUAAUUUUUACAUACAAAACAAUGACACUUGUGUAGUUAAAAUAAAUUAAAAAAUAAAAAGUGUAUUUAAUGAAAACAUACUCAGCGAUCUUGAUGCAUAAGGAAAUAAAAAGUGUAAAGCAACAAAUUUUUUCUAAGUUAAUAAUUAAUGUGAGGAAUCUCUAUAAGUAUAAAAAGAUAUUAUUGAUAAAGCAGCUAAUAAUCUUUUGAUCUUGUUAAACUAAAAAUCUUUAAGAAAUCUUGAAGAAAAUGAGAAUAUUAUUAUAGGUAUUGGAGGUAUUAAUGCUUUUUUACCUUCAGAAAACGAUAAAAAUAUAUAAGAAAGAGUUAUAAAUUCAAUUGAUCCAAAAUAUUUAACAACCGCUACUUAAAAUUUAAAGUGUGAGAAUCACCCUGCAAUUGAAAGAAUUAAAAGAAUGAUAAAGAGCUCAAAUAUAAAUAACUCUUAACUUGGUCUUUAAGUUGACUAAAUUUUUUAAACUUACAAGCAAGCAAAACCUAAAUCUAAAUAAAAGUCUGAUUUAGGAGUUUGCAAAAUAUAUGCAGGAUAAAAUUCUUGCUGUAAUAAAUAAAUGGCAGACCUAAUUGAUUAAGCAGCUAUAUUAAAGAUAAAACCGAUUUAAUAAUAGUAUGACAUUUUUGACAAAUUUACCUAGCUAUACUAUAAUUUGAUGAAUAAAGAAUGUAACAAAACAAAUAUUUUAGACGUUUUACCUGAUUAAAUUCUUGAAAAUUAAAUGCUUAGAAAUUUUUAUAAAUUGAGGAUUAAUAAAAAACUCUGCAAAGUGAGUUUUGGUAAGGCAUUAGCUGCUUUAAAUAGAGGUAUGAUGUGCUCAAUAUGUACUGGGUCUGAUAAAUUAAGUGACUUUUUCUAAAAUGGCAAAAUAAAGCUUUCACCUGAAUCUGUUUUAGCCUAUGAAAGAGAAACUACAAAUUCUAUCAAAUGCAUGUCUAACAUAUUUACUGUAGAAAAACUAUAAAUAAUUCUAGAUGAAUUAAAUAAUUUUUACAUAAAAAAUAAUGAUUAGUGUAUAAUCAAAAUUAAUUCUAAAAUUAAAAGUACAUUUUCUAAGAAUUUAAUCACUCCUUUAGAUAAAGAAGGAAACAAAAAAUGUAGAGCAACAAAUAUUUUCUCAAUUAAUAUCAAUGUGAUAAUACUGAUUUGA